AUAUAAAUAAAAUAGUGGUUGAGGUCCUUAAGAGGAAUAAAAGUUGGAACCGCAAAUCCGAAAUCGGAAAGCAAAGCAAAACAAGGAGAUGGGAGACGAGAAGGUGAAGGAAGAGGCUCUGCAGAUAAUAGGAGUCUUCCAAGUGCUUCCCAGAUUGGUUGUCUUCGAUCUCGAUUACACUCUCUGGCCUUUCUACUGUGAAUGUCGCUCCAAACGUGAAAUGCCAUCAUUGUAUCCACACGCUAAAGGCAUAGUUCAUGCGCUCAAGGACAAAGGGAUUGAUAUGGCUAUUGCUUCUAGAUCACCCACUGCUGAUAUUGCUGAGACUUUUAUUAACAAGUUAAGCAUCAAGUCCAUGUUUGUAGCCCAGGAGAUCUUUUCUAGUAGGAAUGACAAGACAGAUCACUUCCAGAGAAUUCGUUCGAGGACAGGGGUUCCGUUCAACUCAAUGCUGUUUUUUGAUGAUGAGAAUAGGAACAUCCAAGCGGUCUCAAAAAUGGGUGUAACAAGCAUUUUGGUUGGUAAUGGGGUAAAUCUUGGAGCAUUGCGAGAAGGUCUCACAAAAUUUUCAGAAAAUUGGAAUAUGGUUGAGAAGAACAAGCAGAAAUGGAAAAAGUUCUCUCAAAAUCCAGAAUCAUCUGAUAAGAAGGAAUAGAAAUGAAUUUUUUGGCAAUCUUGAACUAAAAUUCUAUAUUGAAAUUGCUUCUGGCGUUGUCAGGAAUUAUUAUUUGGCAACCAUAUUUGUCUAAUUGAAAUCAGUUGUAUCAAUUACAUGAGGAAUGGUUCCCAUAGUAUUUGCUGCAGGCGUAUGCUUGGAA